UUUCAAUAAAAUGGUUAUGAAACGUUACGGCAAAACGUUUAUGAAACGGUUUUGAAACCAAUGUGUGCUGCCUGGGGUUACUUAAAUCUUCUUCACAUUAUAGUGUACAAAAUUGUUCUCAUAAAUUAUUUACUCAUAGUUAGACGUAGAACUUGUGAGUGUAAAAACGCUUUUGAUUAGUUUUUUAAUUAUGCAUUCUUUGAUAGUAGUUACGAUUUGACAUUGUAUAAUAUUGCAAAAUGUAUUAAUUAUACAAUUAAAAGAAAUAUAUAUGUAGAGCAUAUACAAAUGCAAAAUUUGUUAUGUAAAAUCAUACUUGUAUAUAAGAGAUUAAUUGUAAGCAGACUUAUUAAUAAAAUCGAAUAGGAUUGCGAUGAAAUGAAUGAUACGCAUGUGAGUGCACAUGUGUGUGUAAAGCUACGCAAAGCACAUUGAAACAGCUUAGCAAUAAGAGCAUAGAGCGCGCAUGUCAAACAAAUUAUAUCGGUUAGCAAUCACACCCAGGUUUACGCGACUCGCGUAAAAAAUUCCCGAUCCUGAUUAAUGGAAAGGAAAACGCAGAAAAUGAGCUCCUCCGAAACGUGCGAGAUUACUCGAAGAAUUGGUUUGCCGGUGAAAUCAAGCACGAGAUCACAUGUAAUACGUCGGAUCGACUCGGCCUUUAACAAUGACGCUUCUCACCGCAGGAGGCAUUUUCCGAGAACGCAACGUUAUUGGACCAGUGGCCACGAGAACGUAGGUGAAGAAAGAAACGUCAGAGGCGAACAAUCGCCCUUUGUCUUUCCCUCCUGCUCGCAGACCUUGGCUUAUCUCCAAUGGUGGAAAGCACGAAAGAAAAAAGCGAUAUCCGAACGUAGCAAGAGAACCAAGGAUCAGCAUAAUUAUAAGACUCUGCAGUCCCGUGAUAUCUUGCAGAGAUUACGUGUGGAUGUUAAAAUAGAAGCGAAAGAAGCAAAGAAACACAAAGAUCCAGAUGAGGCAAUCGCUAUGACGGACGUGGAUCCGGAGUACUUCACGGAAUUAUGCGGCAGAUCUGUAAAGGAGAAGUUUUCGUUGGAAGAAUAUAUUCGAGACACGCGAGAAAUACUAAGAACAAGACUUCUUAUUGGCCAAGAAAAAGAUUAUUGCAUUCGCAUCGAUCAACAAUUCGAGCAGGAAUCACAUCGAUUAGAAAAGAUUCAGUAUCGGACUCGACGAUACGUGGACAGUUUCGAGGAAUUCCUGUCGAAGGAUCAUGAGAAGAGCAUGAGCAUGCUGGAGGAAGCGGAACGAGAAGCAAAGCUCACGGAGGAGAUUAGGGCUCGAAGAAAUGAGCUCUCGAAGCGGUUUGGUCAGAGCAGGCUGGACGUUUAUUUUUGGGAGGAGAAUUGGAGAAUGGCGAAGAUGUGUCAAAUGUUCCUUUACCGGAUAUCACCUGUCGCUUGGAGAGCCAAACACGACUGGCUCUAUCAACCCGAGGUGGAAAAAAGCGUCAUGUCCGUCGAGACCACAGAUUUAUUCGGUAGAUACAAAACACCAGGCGAGGACGCUACUUUGGAAGAUUUGAUAGAACUGUUUGAGAAGGAUGUCGCCGACGCCGGUCCUGCCGAACUUUACUUUGAGGAUCCCCUCGAUUUGAUCCGCAUUUUUCGUGCAAUGGAAUCGCAAAAUUUGAGCGCCCUUAUACACCUCGAGUCGUUCGCUGAACCCAUGGCAGACAUGGCUAUGACUAUCACUAUGACUGAGGCGCAAAUCAAGCGAGAGAUCGGCGAGAUUACCUCGACGAUCGACGAUUUAGAGAAUUCCAUCGCUAAAACAGAAGUCAGAGCGGCGGAUCUCGAGGAACACGCUAACUACCUUCUCCGAGGUGUUUUCCGGCACUUCGUCUGUUCCGAAGAGGUGCUCUACCUUCGCGUUUUCGUGGAGGAUACCUACGAGACUUGCGUAGGUCCGAAUGACGCAAAUCUCGAUAGCUUCUCGAUGACGAAGUGGAUAGAGAGGAUCUACGAGGAGCUUAAUCUUCAAUUGGACAAUCUGCCUCGUGAGAUUGUCCGCACCUGCGAGAAGGAAGGUUUCAGGCAAGAGAUGAAGGCAAUAAAGGAGGCGGAAGAUGCCGCGAGGAAGUUUGAACUGAUGCUCCGAUUAUUGGACGAGCUGAAGCGCAUCAUGGAGCCGCCCCCGAGAAAGAAGCGACCGCUAAUUCAACGUUCGGCGCCUGCCGCGCUCAGGGCGAAGCCACCGUCGCUCCCGCCACAACCGACGGACGAGGAAGCGCAGUAUCUCACUUUCUUCACUGAUUACUGCAAGCGCGACGACUUCGUCGCGUACCGCUCGAAAUUCCCGGACGACUUUGACCUGACGUUCCAAAGCAAGCGGCGCGGCGACGCCGAGGUCGAAGCGACGACGUCGAACGAGGCGCCCUCGAAUCGGGAACAGGAGCAGGAGGAGGACAAUAAAGCCACCAUCAUUGAAAACGUAACGGAAUCAGUGGAUUUAUUCGAAAAUUCCUCGUGCGUGUAUGUCCGAAAGGAUCGUAUCAGUCUAACGCGCUACGCAUCGUCGGUUACUUAGGCUAGCGCUAUUUUUAAUAGUACAUGUAUACAUAAAUAGGCGAUUCAACGAUCGAUCGAAGCACGAGAGAUAAAAUAUUCAAAGACAAUAAAACACAACAAGGGGCAAAUAUAGUGUACAAUAGAAUUUGGAACGACAGUCGAUAUAAAAAACAACAACCAUGCUUGACAGCGAUCUCUUGGUUACAAAGCGUGCCGGUUCACGUAUCCUUUUCUUACAAAUAUCUUACAAGAAGGUUGUGACAUAUAUAUAUAUAUAUAUAUAUAUAUGCGCUUCACAAUCGAGUACCUCCUUGCACACGAGCAACUUUUCUCUGUAUAUAAAACAUUCUGCUAGAUAACGACAAUUGUUUUGUCGAACACCGUCGGUAGCAAUAAUUUAUCGGUAUUAAAUAAUUAUCGGUGAACAGCGGGGCGAUAAUAGGAAAGUUCGAAAGCUUUUCAUGGAAAUAUGUCGGUGACAUUUCGAUGAGCAACGCAAUUUCAAACAAU